AGACCCAGAAUGCCGUGCUUCGUCACUCUGGUGCUUUCCCCUCCUUCAUCCGUGCAGAGGGGGGGCGGUAAACCACGUUGCUUACAAACUAACAACAUCGGAAGAAGCAGAGCGCUGGAGUUUGCUAAACUCUCGUUGCCAUCCGACUGCAGUGCUAAACAGCUUUGAAAUUCAGCAGACCAUGGAUUUGAAUUGUGGCUUGAAAGAAGAAGAAUUUGAAGAGGAUAUUUUCCCAAGACAGGAUAUAAAAAGGGAAGAAGAGCCUCAUGACAUCAAACAGGAAGACUCUACAGAGUUGAAACAGGAAGUGAAAGAAGAGGAAGGAGAGUCCAGUGUUCUAGAACGUGUGGAUGCAGCAUUCUCCUCCCACUGCCCAGUACCUCUUAGGGACGUCAAACUAGAAGACUCCAAUAAUCUACAUGUGGAUUCCACAGGAACAGCAGCGCAGAUCUGUGUAACAUUAAAAGAGGAGGAGGAGAUUAAGGAGGAGGAGGAAGAAGAAGAAGAAGAAGAAGAGGAGGAGGACGACGAAGGAGAGGAGGAGGAGGAGAUGGAGGAAGAAGAAGAAGAAGAAGAGGAGGAGGAAGAGAAAGAUGGAGGAAUACACACUUCAGAGGACACUGUGGAGGAACCUCACUACAAUCUCCGUACUCGUACAAGGGAUCCACAAAGGAAGCAAUUUAGGACAAUGUGCCAAACCUUGGAGAAAAGAAGAGGAAAACCGCCCUAUGAUUAUUCUGAGUGUGGAGAGACCUUUACUGAAAGGCAAUGUAUCAAAGUACACCAGAGAGCUGACGGACCUUUUAAGUGUAUUACCUGUGGGAUGGCAUUCAAACACAGAAGUAAUUUAAGAAUGCACCACAAAACUCACAUUGUGAGGAAGCCUUUUGAGUCUAUGACACGUGGAAAGGCCAUUGGAACUACAGGUGGUUUCAAGUCAUGUCAAUGUCCUACAUGCGGAAAGGUCUUAAGAUCUAGAUCGUACCUCAAAAUUCAUCAGAGAAUUCAUACUGGAGAAAAGCCUUACCAGUGUAGCAUAUGUCAAAAGGGCUUUGCACGCUCAGGUCAUCUCAAAAGUCACCAGUUAAUCCAUACUGGAGAAAAACCUUACCAGUGUAGUUCAUGUGGAAAGGCUUUUGUACAUCAAUCCAGUCUAUACACCCAUCGGAGAACCCACUGUGGACAAACGCCUUAUCAGUGCACCACAUGUGGAAAAGGCUUUACACAUUCAAGACUCCUCAAAAGUCACCUGAGAACUCACACUGGAGAAAAGCUGUUUCCUUGUACUUCGUGUGGAAAGGCCUGUGUAUCCGAAGGUCAUCUCAAAAUUCAUAUGAGAAUUCAUGCUGGAAAAAAACGUUAUCAGUGUAGCAUGUGUGGAAUGGACUUUUUGGCGAGAUAUUUACUCACAGUGCAUCAGAGAACUCACACUAGAGAAAAACCUUACCAGUGUAGCACAUGUGGAAGGGGAUUUUCACAGAAAGGAAAUUUCAACAGGCACCAGAGAACCCAUACAGGAGAGAAACCUUAUGUGUGUAGUACAUGUGGAAAGGCUUAUUCGCAGAAAAAUGACCUUAAAAUCCAUGACAGAGUCCAUACUGGAGAAAGACCAUAUCUGUGUAGCGCAUGUGGAAAGACCUUUAGAGACAAGCGUGAUCUAAAGGUUCACUACAGAGUUCAUACCGGAGAAAGACCAUACCAGUGUAGCAUAUGUGGAAAGGCCUUUGCACAGAGAAAUGAACUCAGAAGCCAUGUAGUCAGAAGCAGGCUUGUACGAAAUUCUGAAUUGAAAUGAGAAUGACCCAAAAAAUUCCAAUUCAAUUCUUCAAUUUCAAUAUGAAUUGAAUUGAAAUUCCAAACAGGAAAUGGAAUUGCAAUUCAAAUUUGAAUUGCAGGAAUCAAAAUUGAAAUUCUUUGAAAUUGAAAGAAAUUCAAAGCAAUGACAUAAUACGGACACUAGGUGGUGGCAGGGAUAGUCAGGAUCUCGAAUACAUCUAAUUAAAAUACAUUUCAAAACAAAAAAUUGUAUUUUGCAUUGUGUA